AUGGGUGAUGGGCAGUCCUCGUCGCAGGCGAAGACGCGCGAUUUGCAGCCGCGUACGGAGCUGCGCAUCGAGGCCUCAUGGGACCAGACAGCGACGGUGACGCUGCGGGAAGGUACGGCCGAGGUGUUUGGGACAGAGCUCCGUCUCCAGGAGAAAGUGCGGGUGUCCGGAACGAGCAUCGCGAUCUUCACGUGGACAGGGGCCAAGGUGGACGUGCAAGCCGAGGGCGCGCUGGUGUACACGUCGGACGAGACGACCGUCCCGCAGCACCUCGCGUUGCAUGACACGCUGGAAGCCCGCCGCAUUGCGGCGCGCACGGACAGCAGUGCGGGGCCGCGCGUGCUCGUGGUGGGCAACAUGGACGCCGGCAAGUCGACGCUGAUCCGCACGCUCGCGAGCUGGGGCGUGCGGACCGGCUGGCACCCGACCGUGGUGGACCUCGACAUUGGCCAGGGCGCGGUGGGCGUGCCGGGCUCGAUCGGGGCGGUCACGCUCGAGGAGCCCGUCGACAUCGAGGAGGGCGCGCCGUCCGAACCCCCGCUCGCGUUCUAUUUCGGGCACGUCACGCCGUCAGACAACAUGCCGGUCUACAAGGCCCUCGUCGAGCAGCUGGCGGGGGUGCUCGAGCGCCGCGACUCCGCGGACCCGCUCGCGAAGGCCUCCGGAUGGCUCAUCAACACCAUGGGCUGGACCGACGGCGAGGGUUACGACCUCCUCUUGCAAGCCGCAGAGGCGAUGAAGUGCGACGUCGUCGUGGUGAUCGGGCAGGACCGCCUCCACGCGCGCCUCCAGAGCGACCUGAGUGCAAACCAAAAGAAGAAAAACACCCCCCUGGGGGUAGAAGUCGUCAGGGUCCCCCGCAGCGGCGGCGUCGUGGACCGCACGCCCGAGUCCCGCAAAGAGGCCCGCCGGCGGCGCCUCCGCGCCUACUUCUACGGCCGCAACGGCGAGCUCAAGCCCCACACGCAGACGCUGCCAGCCUCCGACCUCCAGGUCUACCGCAUCGGGGGCGGGUUCGUCGCGCCCGCGGCGGCGCUGCCCAUCGGAACGUCGGCGGAGUCCGGGCCGGGCCGGCUGUCGCGCGCCGAGCCCGGGAGGGGUCUUCCAGUGGGGACUGUUCUCGCUGUCAGUCAUGCGAGCAAGGCGGAGGAUAUCCCGCGCAGCAACGUCGCGGGGUUCGUGCACCUGCAGCGCAUCGAGCAGCGGGACGGGCAGACGCACGUGCAGUACCUCGCGCCGCGGCCGGGACUCCUCCCGGGGGAGUUUUUGCUCGCGGGCCACUUCCAGGUCCUGGACCUCGAAUGA